UACAGCCGGAGCUGGGCGGCGGCGGCGGCGGCGGCGGUAUCGGCGGUAGUGGCGGCGGCUGCGGGUGUUGUCCUAGGAGUGUCGCGGAGCCAUACGCGGCGGCGCAAUGGAGGGACUGGAAGAAAAUGGAAGUGUGCAAGUUGGAGAAUUGUUACCUUGCAAGAUUUGUGGAAGAACAUUUUUUCCAGUGGCAUUAAAAAAACAUGGACCUAUUUGCCAGAAAACUGCCACUAAAAAGCGGAAGACUUUUGAUUCAAGCAGACAAAGAGCUGAAGGAACUGAUAUUCCAACAGUAAAACCUCUCAAACCUAGGCCUGAACCACCAAAGAAGCCAUCUAAUUGGAGAAGAAAACAUGAAGAGUUCAUUGCCACCAUAAGAGCAGCUAAAGGCCUUGAUCAGGCGCUUAAAGAGGGUGGCAAGCUCCCUCCCCCUCCUCCACCUUCUUAUGAUCCUGAUUAUAUUCAGUGUCCAUAUUGCCAGAGGAGAUUUAAUGAAAAUGCAGCUGAUAGACAUAUAAAUUUCUGUAAAGAACAAGCAGCACGUAUUAGUAAUAAAGGCAAAUUUUCUACUGAUACCAAAGGAAAACCAACUUCUAAGACACAGUAUAAGCCGCCUGCACUUAAAAAGUCAAAUUCUCCUGGAACCACCUCAUCAGGAUCUUCACGAUUACCACAACCAAGUGGAACUAGCAAAACUGUUGUAGGUGUUCCUUCAGGUAAAAUGUCUUCAGGUAGCAGCUCUUUGGGAAACAAACUUCAGACCUUGUCUCCCUCCCAUAAAGGGAUACCAGCUCCUCAUGUAGGUAAGAUGGACAAGUUAGGCCCUCCACUUCGAACUGGAAGACAUAUGCAAAGGUGGUAUGACAGUGAUACAAAAUCAGACAGUGCCAUCAAAAGACAUGAGUUAUUACCCAUUUACAAAGCUAAUAUCAAACCUCGAAAUACCACACCACCUAGUUUGGCUCGAAAUCCUGCCUCAGUUGGGCUCACAAGUAAAAGAAAAACAUAUACUGAGAGCUACAUGGCCAGGCCAGAUGGAGACUAUAUAUCGUCACUUAAUGGCGGAAAUGUUAAAGGCAUUGAAGGAAACUCAACAGGACACUUACCAAAAUUCUGCCAUGAGUGUGGGACUAAAUACCCCGUAGAAUGGGCAAAGUUCUGUUGUGAAUGUGGUGUUCGCAGAAUGGUUCUGUGAACAGAAUCCAAGAAGAAAAAAGAGCUAAGUCCAGAAUCUUAUGACUAUUACUGCUUGGACAUCUAGAGCACUUCCGCUAGUGAUUUCAUGCUAAAAUCAUUCAAAAUACUUGUUUUCAACAGUUUUUGAAUCCUUUGUGUAAUGUGUUAUGUGUGUGUAUAUUUGUGUGUACAUAUACUGUAUAUAAUAAAUACCUGAUAACCUAAACGGUGCCAUUCAAGGAAAUACUCACUGAUUAGUUAGAAAAUAAUUUCAAGUGGAAUUACCAACUUAGGUAUUUUCUGUUAUUGUUAAGCGUAUUAAGUGUAAUACCUCCUCAAACUCUCAGACACUAGUGGUUAGCCCUUUAAGCUUUAGUAUGGUCAUUACUUUGAGCAGAAAAUCGUAAUAAACAUUUUUAUUAUUGGUGCCUGGUUCCAGACAGUAUCAUUGAAGGACAGGAUGCUUGGAAUUUUAGAACUGAAGAGAAUAUUUUUAGUUACCGUUAUAUGAGGUCAUUUCUUGUAUGGAAUUCUUUAACAAUUAAUUUUAUAAAUAUGUUUUAAAAGAGAAAAAAAAAACGGGAGUCUGUGUUACCCUUUUACUCAGUGUGCUAUUAAUUAUAUAAUUUCGAGACCUUUACUCAUUCUUUAAAAUGUAAUUAUGCAGAUUCUCUUUCAGAGACACAGGGCUGAAAAUACAAAUGUAUUUUAUUCUAGUUACAGUGGAAUAAUUUUUUUAGGACUCAGUGUGUAUUAGUUAAAUAUAUAUUCCUGAUCCUUUUAUUUUUUUUUGGCUGCAACCACAGGAUGUGGAAGUUCUCAGACCAGGGGUUGAACGCCACAUUGCAUUUGAAGUCUGUGCCGAAGCUGCAGCAACGCCAGAUCCUUAACCUCUUGUGCCACAGGGAACUUCCUCUUUCUAAUUGUCUUCAAAUUUCACUUUUUCUCUUUCUCUUCCCUAACCUCACAUCUGAAGAGUAGUUUUAAUCUGAUUUUUAAUUUCAUUUUUUCAACUUUUCAAAUUUAAUUAAUAGAAGAUUCACAAAAUUCCUUGUAAAAUCUUGUAUUUAUUUCUCUGUAUUUGAAUUUAGAAUCAGCCAUGUCAACGGGCUUUAAAACCAUCUCAUCUAAUAAUAAUUUCAGUAUUUAAUCAUUAAUGCAGGUUAUGCAGGCAAAAAAUAUUUGAAUUUUAGUCACUUAAAGUAUAGUUAGAGGUAGUUAUGAGUAAGAUAAGAGAAUAAUUUUUCCUACUCAUAUUUUUAGUGUUUAAUGCUGAAACACCAUUCACAUCACACUAAAAAACAACUGAAAAUGCAUUGCUUUAAUGGAUAGCUGAUUUAUUAUGCAAUUAAACAUUGGCAAAAGUGUAAUUAUACUUUAUCUUUAAUUUGGACUAAAAUAAGUUUUUAAUCAUUGUCCCUUUCAGUGUAACAUAGUAUUUAGUAGUAGAUACCUUUGCUUGUGUAGCCAUAUUCAGUAAUACAGUAGUAAUUUUGUUGAAUCAAGCCUAACAGAGCCUUGAUCUUAUUGUAAAGGUGCAUUCAAAUCUUUUAUAGGCAGUGUCUAGCUUCUUAUUUAUGAUUCUGAUCAACUGUAAGGAUUAGUGUAGAAACAUGUGGCUUAUAACUUUCUCUGAAAUAUAUUUAUACCUAUAACUUUAUUCUUUUUUUUUUUUUUUUCAUUUGGGCAGGGGCUGCUUUAGACCUAAUGGGAAUUGUUGUUAUACUUUCUUGACUUUCUAUUAAUUUUUAUUCUGGUUAUCCAUAUUCACUUAUUUGAAGGAAGGGUCCAUCUUCUAGAAUAAACUGUAAUAAAUUUAGGGGAGUUACACACAUAUUAGAAUUUCAUUUCACUAGUUUAUGUUCUUCUGUUCUAUUAUAAAUCCUAUGAAGAACUUUAAACUCUUGUUUUAUCUAGAAUCGAGCACUAUUUUCUUUCAGAUGUGUUUUAAAGAUCACAAUUUUUUGUCUGCCCAACAAAGGGUUAGGUAAAUGAACUUAAAGUGGCACAUGUGUGUUUCUGACUAAAUUUUACUAUAGCAAGUAAAUGUUUAAUGUGCUAACUACAUGGAAGUGAGUUGAUAAGAAAUCAUUUGAUUCCAGAACCCAGAGAUUAUUAUAAACAGUAGGUGAAAUCUAUUUAUGAAUUAUGAAAUGUGUCAAUGCAAUGUAUUUUAAAUGCAUUUUUAUAUUAUUUGGGUAUAUUAUUCUCAUGAUUUGUUGUGCAAUAGUUGUUUUUAAGAAAUUUUCCUAUGCAUCAUUUAUUUUAUUUUUAUUUAUUUUCACAAGUAUUUUCCAGUGUGGUAGAAUAAAAAGAUGAUUGUAAACUUAAAUUGAAAAUGUAAAAAUUGCUUAUAUAUUACUCUGAAAGUUAUUAGCUUGAAAAAGUAAGAUUAUUCUGGCUGCUGUUGUCUCUUGUUCACUUUUUUUUUUUAAAUAACAAAUAAUGUCAUCGUUUUUGAAACUAUUCAAUAAACACAUGAAGCAAGGAA